GUGCAUGCCGGGCGUCCUGCCCGCCGUGACGCUGCACAUCGCACCCGGCACCGCCACCGGGGCCCGCGGCCAUGGCGGGCGUCAAGGUGAUCGCCAACGACACCGAGUUCCAGCCCGAGCUGAGCGCCGCCGGCUCCCGCCUGGCCGUGGUCAAGUUCACCAUGAGGGGGUGUGGGCCCUGCUUACGGAUCGCUCCGGCCUUCAGCGCCCUGAGUAACAAAUACCCACAGGCAACAUUCCUGGAGGUGGAUGUGCACCAGUGCCAGGGCACAGCUGCCACCAACAACAUCUCAGCAACACCCACGUUCCUGUUCUUCCGCAACAAAGUGCGCAUUGACCAGUACCAGGGAGCCGACGCCGUGGGCCUGGAGGAUAAAAUCAAAGUGCACCUGGAGAACGACCCUGGCAGCAGUGAGGACACAGACAUCCCCAAAGGAUAUGUGAGUGCUGCCACAGUGCUGCUGGGGGGUUAAAAACACCCCAUUUCAAAUGUUCUCUAGGGCAAAUUAUUGGGUUUGUCUCAGAAAGUGCCUUGUCGGGGUUUGCUAGUCCACAAAAAAUGAGAUGUUCA